GGACAACUAGGCGGUACGCUUUACGGCAGAAGGGUCGUCUUUACGACACCAAAGCCGGGAUGAAUUUUCUUUUGGAGUGGACCAUUAUUGCUGCAUUUUAAUAACAGUACAAUAUUUCACUUACUGCCAGCUGUACCUUUCGGGUGAGGAAGCAUUACAAUGGAAGUUCUUCGGCCGACACUCAUUAAUAUCGAUGGACGCAUUUACCGCAAAAACUAUGUUAAAGAACAAGUGUAUCAACAUGAGGAAGAAGAUGACUUUACGUAUUCAGGAGUUGUGGACAGUAUGGAUGAACCUUGUGACUCUGUACUUAUAGAGCAGACAGACCAGGGCUAUCGAUGCACCAUGGAUGUACCCAGUGCCCUUUACAAAUAUAUAAUUGGGAAAAAAGCAGAGACCAAACGCAGACUGGAGACUGAAACACGGACUUCCAUAAGUAUUCCUAAACAAGGAAUGGAAGGACCGAUUGUUAUCACUGGGCAGCAGCGAGCAGGAGUGGCAUCAGCCCAAACACGGAUUGAGGUGAUGCUGGACAGUUUCCGUCGGAAGCAGCCCUUCACCCAUUUCUUGUCCUUUGCUCUUAAUCAUGCCACAAUUCAGGAACGGUUUGCGAAGUUUAAAGAGGAGGUGUUGAAAAGCCACUCACAGGACCGUGGGAUUGAUGACAGUAUCUUCCAGAACCCAGCAAAGCUACACCUGACAAUCGGAACACUCAUUCUACUUAGUGAGCAAGAAAUUACAAAAGCAUCUGAGCUGCUGCAGAAAUGCAAAGAGGACUUUAUUGAUAAACUCACAGAAGGAAAGCCGCUCCUCGUGAGGGUAAAAGGGAUUGAGUACAUGAAUGAUGACCCAAGUAUGGUUGAUGUUCUUUAUGGAAAAAUUGAAAUGAAAAAUGGAACAGACAAGUUACAGCUGAUCGCUGAUGGAUUAAUGGAGCGGUUUAUAGCCUCUGGGCUGAUGGGGAAAGAAUGGAACAAGGUGAAGCUCCAUGCUACUUUGAUGAAUACACUUUUCAGAAGAGAUCCAACAGUGGAAGAACGAAACAAUACUGCCUCGGGGAAGCCGAAUUUUCGUGAAAGGGAGUCAUUCGAUGCAAGGAAUGUGUUAAAGAAAUUUGAAGACUACUUAUUUGGUGAAGUGGAGCUGAACAUGGUCCAUGUCUCCCAGAGGUUCUCAGCUGACAAUUCUGGCUUCUAUUCGUCUUCUGCCUCCAUCAGCUUUUCUUAAGAGUGGUGGAAUUGUUGAGCCCUGACAGUUUUGACAGGAUGCGUGCAAGAUCAAUCAACCCCCUCACCCAAGCCGAAAGAGAAUGACAAUAGAUCAGCCUUGCUGCUGAACUUGGAAACCACGGCAGACCAGACUGACCUGGUGUUCGAUAGCAAAUGAACCAGGGUUUCAAUAGGAACCAUUUAACCACCUUUUUCUGAAAAAAGAACUGAAUUGUUGGGACUUUUUAUGGUCUCAAGAUAAAAUGCUGAUAUUGAAAAAUGGAGUAUUCUUUUAUUUGUCAGAAUCGGGUACUACCAAGUCUAGGGUUUCAGAGUCAGGUGCUAAAUAAAAUUCCAUGUUUUCUUUUACCUCAGUGUUGUUCCUCAGCAGGUAAUGUCCUUUUGUGCCAGUUUUUCCUUCUCCAUGCCAAUUAUCCAGUGCUGGGUGAUUGCCAUUUUGGGCAGAUUGCCAUCUUUCAUUCUGACAUACACUGCCACAGACUGCUGAUGUGUGUUCUGCAAAUGACCCAUGGGAUCAGUAGGCAGAGGAGACUCUUAAUUCCAUUGGCACUCCAGACCCAGAAUCGAGAGAUCAGCGUGCUCUGGCCUACCCUUCGAUUACUAGGAAUGUCUCAGUCUGUCAGACAGUUUCAGGGAUUAUUUGGUUGCAACAUGUUGUGGUGAGUUAAUAGUAGAACAGAGCAGAUUUAUGGAUCAUAUAACAAAUAUGAAGCUUGAUGUGUCCAGGAAUUCCCUGCAGAAUAUUGUCUGUUUGGAUUGACUUUUCUUUGCAACAGGCACAGAUGAAAAUCCAGGAUUAAAUGCAGGAUGGAGCCACUUCAAACUUGCAGAGUGAUACAGCCCAGGAACCCAUUCAGCCCAUCAGGUUUGUGACUGCUCCUCAGCGAGCUGUCAAGAGAGUUAUAUACGCACAGAAGUGGGCCGUUUGGCUGCACUCACCGUGUCAAUCAAGUUGCCUAACUGAGUUAGUCCCAUUUAUAUGAGUUUGGCCUUAAAGCUUUCCUAUCCAUGUCUUCUAAAUGUGGUAAAUGUGCCCACCUCUACCAAUUCCUCUCGCAGGUUGUUCCAUAUUCAGCACACAUCAAAAUUCUGUGAAAAUGUUGCUCCUCAGAUCCCUUUUGAAUCUUUCCCUUCUCACUCUAACUCUAUGCCUCCUAAUCUUGAAUUCUCAGCCAUAUACAGGAAUGAUGUUACACAAUGAGUCCAAUGGACUGAGUAUGAAUCUAGCUUCCCAUCCAGGGAUCGAUGGUGAUGAACCUCUGAGCACCAUAUAGGAAUUUAGUGCGGCAACAUCUUCAACUUUUAAAUCCAAAUUUCUGACUUGGGCUGAAAAUGCUACCAGUCUUAGUGGAUUCAUUUAAGAUUUAUUCACCGAGGAGAAUUUGCUUUUAAAAUAGCUCUUUCUAAACCAUCCUUACUCAUGACUCAACCAUCUUGCUUUCCACUGGUGAGUUCCGGGAAAUCUAUCGAAUUGUGAACACUCCAUUAAAUUGUAUUUUAAAAAGUUAAUAUUAUUGCAACUGAUGGAUUAACAUAUGAAGUUGGCAACUCGUUCCUCCUGAGCUUCACACACUGCUGAACACUGGAAUUAAAUCCAGAAGUCAGUGAGUAGGAACCAACUUCCUCACGUUCAGUCAAUUUCUCUAGUUUUAACUUCCUUUCCUUACAUUAAAGUGCGACUCUUUCUUCUCUUUAUGCUAUUUUAAGAAAGUGGCAGUGUGCAGGGACGCAGCGACUUCUCCAGCUCCUACCGAAGGGUUUCGGCCCGAAACAUCAACUGUACUUUUUUCCAUAGGUGCUGCCUGGCCUGCUGAGUUCCUCCAGCAUUGUGUGUGUGUUGCUCAGAUUUCCAGCAUCUGCAGAUUUUCUCUUGUUUGUUCCCAAUAAUGGUGUUAGCUUUAAAUUCUUAGAUAGUGUUUUAAAGUUUCUAGUCGGGGAUUUCAAUCAACCAAAGCUCCAUGAAUACAGCACCACUGAACUCCUAGACAAAGUUACUUUUAAACUGCCGUUAGCAGUAUUAGCAGCAGACUAGAGGUUCCAUGGACACCAGACCUGGCGAUAGUGGUUAGCCGAGGAAUCUGCAGGCACAGGUGGUGUGAGAGGAAACAGAAAAGUGGCAAGAGAGCUGGGGCACUAGCUCAGCUGAGAGCUAAAUCAACCAGACCGGUGGUACCAUUACUUUUCCUGGCGAACGUCCACUUGCUAGAUAAUAAAAUGGACUCACUGAGCCUGAGAAGGAACACAGAAAGAAAUGAGGACAUGUUGCAUUCUGGUUUUCACCAAACUGUUGUUAAACAGCAACAUACCCAAGUUGACAUUUCAACUCAAUGGGAUGACUGUGUUCUGAGGAGACAGAAACUCCCCGUCAGGGAAAUCCUAAGGAGGUGGAAUCUGUGUGUACAUUAACAAAGAUUGGUGUGCAAACUUAUCUAUAAUUAACAGUCACUGUUCUGGGCAAUUGAAUAUCUUACAAUUAAAUGCCGACCACAUUUCCUGCUCUGGGAGUUUACUGUUGUGCUCAUCACCACUGUCUCUAUCCCCCUGAGCGUGAACAUCAAGGUCACACUUGGAGAGCUUUCGAGUAUCAUCAGCUCUCUCCAAAACAAGCAUCUGGACGGUCUCUUCAUAAAUGCAGGAGACUUCAAACAGGUUGACUUGCAGGACAUUUUACCCAAAUUGCAACAGCAUGUCACCAUGGCCACUAGGGGAACAAACAGACUCAACCAUGUUUAUACAGACACACAUAGUAUUUACAAAACCAUCCCAUGUCUUCAACUUGGCUUCUCUCUGACCACAUCUCCAUAAUGUUAAUCCCAGCAUACUGACUGCUGUUCAAAAUGGAGAAACCAGUCAAGAAGAUCAUCACUGUGUGGCAUAAUGAGGCAAUCUCUAUGCUUCAGGACUGUUUUGAACAGACUAACUGGCAGAUGUUCACAAAUGGAGAAGAGAUAGACCUUGAGGAAUAUGCCUCAUCUGUCAUCAGCCACAUCAGUAAGUGUGUAGAUGAUGUUGGAACCUUAAGAACGGUCAUCUCAUGGCCCAGUCAGAAGCCCGAGGUGAACACUGAGGCGCACAAUGUACUAAAGGGAGUGCACCUACUAAAGAAGCUACCUUCAAGUCUGGUGGCAGAACAGCUCUCAGAGCAGCCAGAAAAAAAGGUCAUCUUAGGCAUUAAGAGGGCAAAGACCGAAUAGACUCAAAAAAUUCUGCUAACAAUCCCCGGCGUAUGUGGCUGGGUGCUGAGGACGUUACUGACAACGCAAGGAAAGACAGCAUUAUCUGUACCGGUGACACCUCCAUUCUUGAUGCUCUAAACAACUUUUAUGCACAUUUCAAGGCAUGCAACAGAGCGCUGGCCACAUCCCGAGUGAGCAGCCACCAUCUGUAACAGCAACAGAUGUGAGAAGGACUCUGCAGAGAGUCAACCCCCCUGCCAGACGACAUCCCAGGCUGAGAACUCAGAUUGUGCACACCAGCUCAUUGAUAUCUUCAACACAUCACUCACCCAGGCUGCUGUUCCCACAUGUUUCAAAUCAGCCACCAUCAUCCCUGUUCCAAAGAACUCCACACCUUCAGAAUUUAACGCCUCCUGCCCAAUGGCAGUGAUGCCAAUCAUCAUGAAGUGCUUUGAAGAACUGAUAAGGACACAUAUCAAAAACUUCAUUCUUGCCACAUUGGACACUCACCAAGACGCUUACCGACAGAGCUACUCUGUGACAGAUGCAGUAGCACAGCAUCUGUCAUGCACCGGGCCCUGACACACCUAAAAAACAAGGACACUUCUGUCAGCAAGCUGUUUCUGGAUUUCAGUUCAGCAUUCAACACAAUUAUCCCUCAGACCUUGGUGAACAAACUCCUGCUCCUCGGUCUAAACACACCACUGUACAACUGGGUGUUGGAUUUCCCAACAAAUAGACCUCAGAUAGUCAGGAUACACAACUGCUCCUCUCUCCCCAUCAUCCUUAAUGCAGUUGCCCCACGACCCCUCCCUCCCAGGCUGUCUGCUAAGCCCAUUGCUGUACACUUUGCUCACACGUGACUGCAUGGAUGAACACCCAAGCAAUCAUAUCAUCAGGUUCACUGAUGACACGACAGUGGUGGGGCCCUUUACCAAUGAUGAUCAGACAGCUUACAAAGAGGAGGUGGAAGCUCGAAGCCUCGUGCCAUGCAGAUAACCUCUUCCUCAUGUCAACAAGAGAUGGUUAUCGACUUCAGGAGAACUUGCACCACUCUUAGUCCUCUUUACAUCAAGAAACUAUCAAAGACACAUAUGCAGAAAGGUGGCUGAAAAGGGCCAGUAACAUCAUGAAGGAUCCCACCCACCUUACUAGUGAGACUGUUCCACUCCCAUCAGGGAGGAGGCUACAUACCAUCACCAGUCUCAGAAACAGUUACUUUCAGCGAGCAGUAAGGCUGAUCAACACCCCCACCCUCUAGAACCCCAAACAGCAUUAGUUUAUCAUUUUCUGUCAUUUACCUGAUGUACAGACACUCCUGUACUGAGCAGCACUUUAUGGACAUACAAUCAAUGUAUAUAAGCUACCCUAUGCAUUUAUAUUUAUUGUGGGUUUUUAAUAUUAUUAUUGUGUUUGUGUUUUUCCAUCAGAAUCCGAGUAACAAUUAUUUUGAUCUCCUUUGCACAAUUGUACUGGGUAUGACAUUAAACAAUCCUGAAUCUUGAUUUAGGCAGACCACUGUUUGGCAGUAAAGUGCUGAGAGCAGAAUCACUUAAAGGAACUCGGCACAUCAGCUAGCGUAACACAGCCUUAGCAACCAGGUUCAAUUCCACCAACGUAUGAAGUUUGUAUGUUCUCCCCGUGACCACGCGGGGUUUCCUCCAGAUGUUCCAGCUUCCUCCCACGUUCCAAAGGUGUACGGGUUAGUGGGUUAAUUGGAACUACUAACUAGGCAAUGUGGCCCUGUUAAGCCGGAGGGGCCUGUUACUGUGCUGUAUCUCUAAAUAGAAAUAAAUAAAACAUCACUGAU